CCGGCAUUCUAUAAUAUUAUAUCUCUAUUGCCUGCACUUCACAUGGCUAUUUGUAAACUUGACAUCAGUCUGUCCUAUAAUUUUCAUAAAAAGCAGACAAGGACAGACUGUUGUCAAGUCAAGUGAAGUGCCGUCCGUCUUGUAGAAAUACGUGCGUCCUUCAUAAAUUUUGUUUUAUUUUCGUUUCUCUCUUCUAACUGCAGUUCUUUCCAUAUAAAGUUUUUUAUUUAGUCCAGAAUAUAAUGAAAGUAGUAAGAAAAAUACUUAACUGGUAUGCAAGACUUGCACCAAGCCGCGGAAAGACCUCUCCACCAUACGAACACGUCGUCCAAAUAGGAGAUCCGAGAUUACGUAAAGUCUCCGAUGAAGUACCCGUGCACUUGAUAAACUCAGAUGAAAUACAGCAAGUUAUAAAAAAACUACAAUACGUUCUUAAUAAAUACGGCAGUGUCGGCAUGUCUGCACCACAAAUAGGUAUAAAUAAGAGGAUUUUUGCUAUUCAAUACACCUCCAAACAAUUAACUGCUACACCAAGCAAAUCAAUCAAAUCUGCAGGAAUGUCUGUCAUACCAUUUACUGUGUUUAUAAACCCAACAUUGAAAGUGGUUGACUACCAGAAACUAGUACACAGGGAAGGUUGUGAAAGUGUCCAAGGAUAUUCUGCAGAUGUCCCUCGCUACAAGGAAGUAGAGAUUACAGCAUUUAAUGAACGAGGUUUAAGUACAUCAACUGUAUUCAAAGACUGGGCAGCAAGAAUAGUUCAGCAUGAACUAGAUCAUCUGAAUGGUAAAAUGUUCACAGACCUCAUGGACAGAAAAACAUUAAUAUGUUCAUGUUGGGAAGAAGUUAAUCUAUCAAAGGGAAAAGUUGUUAUACCAUUUUAUCCUGAUUAAAAUAAACAAUAUUUCAAUUUAAGCUGUUUAUUGUU